GUUUUUAUUCUACUCCUUUCUAACCUCCUGUCUUUCACCAUCAUGGCUUUCACUGGGAAAUAUGAGCUGGAGAGUCAGGAGAAGUAUGAGGAAUUUCUGGAAGCGAUAGGACUUUCCUCUGCCAAGACGGACCACAAAGUGGUGACAGAGGUGGUUCAGGACGGGGACAGCUUCACCUGGACACAGUCCAUCCCCAACUGGACCUGGUCUAAUAACUUCACCGUUGGCCAGGAGUGUGAGCUGGCGACAAUGAAAGGCUCCAGAUUCAAGGCCACCGUUGCUCUGGAGGACGGCAAGAUUUCAAUACCGUUUCCUCAGUAUCACUUUACGGCAGAGAUCAAAGAUGACAAACUGUUAAUGAAUUGCGUAACUCCAGGAGAGAAGGGUGUGACUUUCAAACGAGUCAGCAAACGAAUCUAAUGCUGCGAGACUGAACAUGCCGCAAAGGAGAAGAGGCUGUGGAAGUGAAACACAUCGUGGAUGUGCUCCAGUUACAAACCACUUCCACAUCUCACGUUAGGAGCAAGUGGGAUUUGUCUCCUAUAUACCGUCAAUGUUAUCGUCCUCUAUGCUGUAUUUCCACACGUUGACCAUGUUUAUUCCAAUAAAAAGAUGACAUGUUUUA